UUCUUAAUUGAUUUGUUGUUAUCAGGGAGAGAAAAGUAAGCUGCUUAGUUCAUGAAAGAUAUUUAAGAGUUUUGGUGAUUUCUAAGUUCCUGGGAUGUAUCUUUCAAAGGGUUAUAAGCAUGGAGUUGUUUUCAUCUUGUGGUUCUGCUACUAUUUGCUACUGGCUGCUGCGCAGGGUAAUAUCACUAGCGACACUGAAGUUAAAGCAUUGCAAGCCAUAAAGGAAAGUUUGAUUGAUCCUAAUGGAAAUUUGAGCAAUUGGAAUAGCGGAGACCCAUGUACAUCUAAUUGGACUGGAGUUUUAUGCUUCAAUGAAACGAAAGCGGAUGGCUAUCUACAUGUUCGAGAAUUGCAACUACUGAAUUUGAACUUGUAUGGAACUUUGGCACCAGAUAUUGGCAACUUAUCUUAUAUGGAAAUAUUGGACUUUAUGUGGAACAACAUAACUGGGAGUAUUCCAAAGGAAAUUGGCAAUAUCAAAUCUUUGCAACUCUUGCUCCUGAAUGGAAAUCAAUUAACAGGUUCGCUGCCAGAGGAGCUUGGCUAUCUUCCGGUCCUAAAUAGAAUACAAAUCGACCAGAACCAUAUAUCAGGACCUAUACCACCAUCAUUUGCAAACCUGAACUUGACAAAGCACUUUCACAUGAACAAUAAUUCACUUAGCGGGCAAAUCCCACCGGAGCUCUCCCGAUUACCAAGCCUUGUUCAUCUCCUUCUUGACAACAACAACUUAUCAGGAUAUCUUCCACCCGAGCUAUCCAACUUGCCAAGCUUACUUAUACUACAACUUGAUAACAAUAACUUUGGCGGAAAUAGCAUUCCAGAUACUUAUAGCAACAUGUCAAAAUUGUUGAAGAUGAGCCUUAGGAAUUGCAGCUUGCAAGGACCAAUUCCCGAUUUAAGCAAGAUACCAUACCUUUAUUAUCUUGACCUGAGUUCCAAUCAGUUGAAUGGAUCGAUUCCUCGCAAUAAGCUUUCUGAAAAUAUCACAACCAUUGAUUUAUCAAACAACAAGCUUACUGGACCUAUUCCGUCCUACUUUUCUGGUCUUCCACGUCUUCAGAGAUUGUUACUUUCAAACAAUUCAUUGAAUGGCAGUGUUCCUUCCAUCAUUUGGCAGAACAAGACUUUAAAUGGAACAGAAAAAUUUCUCUUGGAGCUGGAAAAUAAUAAACUUACAAACAUAUCAGGCAGUACUAAUCUUCCUCCCAAUGUCACAGUCUUGCUUCAUGGGAAUCCUGUAUGCUCAAAUAAAUCCCUGGUUCAGUUAUGUGGAUCUGAAGGUGCUAAUGACACAAAUGACUUAUUUCAAACAAACUUCAUUGGUUCCUGUCCACCACAAGCAUGCCCACCUCCUUAUGAAUACUCUGUGGAUUGUUUCUGUGCGGUACCAUUGCUGGUUGGUUAUCGGCUGAAAAGUCCGGGAUUUAAAGAAUUUGGUCCAUACGUGGAUAGAUUUCAGAACUACUUGACUUCUGGUCUUCAAAUAUAUACCAGUCAGCUACAAUUUACUUUUUAUUGGCAAGAGGGACCUCGACUAAGAAUGGACUUGAAGCUUUUUCCUAUAUAUGUCGAUAACAGUAGUGCUCAUACGUUCAAUGGAAGUGAGGUCCAAAGGAUCAGAAGCAUGUUCACUGGAUGGAACAUUCCAGACGAUGAUUUGUUUGGGCCUUAUGAACUGAUUAACCUCACUCUUGUGGGUCCGUAUGCAGAAUUCGCUGGCACCUCUUCCAAAUCAGGGAUAAGUACUGGCGCACUGGUUGGCAUAAUCUUAGGGUCAGUUGCCUGUGCAGUGACGUUAUCUGCAAUUGUUACUCUUCUUAUAUUGAGAACACAAUUGAGAGAUCAUCGCGCUCUUUCCAAAAGACGUCACGUGUCUAAGAUCUCAAUAAAAAUUGAUGGUGUAAAGGCCUUUACUUACGGAGAAAUGUCCUCCGCUACAAACAAUUUUAGCAGCUCUGCUCAAGUUGGACAAGGAGGCUAUGGAAAGGUUUAUAAAGGUAUUCUUACUGAUGGCACAGUUGUUGCUAUAAAACGUGCACAGGAAGGAUCACUGCAAGGUGAGAAGGAGUUCCUUACAGAAAUAUCGUUACUAUCAAGGUUACAUCAUCGCAACCUUGUGUCUCUCCUCGGAUACUGUGAUGAAGAAGGUGAACAGAUGCUGGUUUAUGAAUUUAUGUCGAAUGGCACACUAAGGGAUCACCUAUCCAUUACAUCAAAAGAAGCUCUGACUUUUGCCAUGAGAGUGAAGAUUGCGCUAGGGUCAGCUAAAGGUCUAAUGUAUCUACACACAGAAGCUGAUCCUCCAAUAUUUCACCGAGAUGUCAAGGCCAGCAACAUAUUGUUGGAUCCAAAGUUAUCUGCAAAAGUGGCUGAUUUUGGACUCUCGCGGCUUGCUCCAGUUCCAGAUAUUGAAGGAAUCGUGCCUGGUCACGUAUCUACUGUGGUAAAAGGGACCCCGGGUUACCUUGAUCCAGAAUACUUCUUAACUCACAAGUUGACCGACAAGAGUGAUGUUUAUAGUCUUGGUGUUGUAUUUCUGGAACUUUUGACUGGGAUGCAACCUAUCUCCCAUGGCAAAAAUAUUGUUAGAGAGGUUAAUGUUGCAUACCAAUCCGGGGUGAUAUUUUCAGUUAUUGAUGGACGCAUGGGGUCUUAUCCAUCUGAAAUUGUGGAGAGAUUUUUGACUUUGGCCCUUAAGUGUUGCAACGACGAGCCAGAUGCGCGGCCUAAAAUGUCAGAAGUGGUUAGAGAGCUUGAAAACAUAUGGUCUAUGAUGCCGGAUUCAGAUACCAAGAGAGCUGAAUCUAUAACCAGUGAUUCUGGAAAAAUGGCCAGUACUCCAUCUUCAUCCUCUGCUAUAAAGACUCCUUUUGUAUCAGGAGAUGUGUCAGGUAGUGACCUUGUUAGUGGAGUAAUACCAAGCAUCAAACCAAGAUAGAUUUGGCUUUAGCAAUUAUGGUCAUUACUUUGUGAAUUGCAUAAUGAGCCUAUACAUUACUACAUUUCAUCUUCACCCUUCACAUUCUCUUCUUUGUACAAUCUGUUAAACUGGUAGAGCAAUGGAUGUUAUAUAUAACAUAUCGAUUUUGGACACCAUUUAA